GGUACUUCAUUAAUGUUAUGACAAAAAUGAAAAGGAAAUAAAGAGAGAAUAAUUCUGAAACAAAAACCAUGAGAAUUAAGGGAAUAAAUCAUGGAAGUCAUCAAACACUUUUGCAUAAAGCCAACAUCCCAAACAUUACCUGCAAAAGUUUAAAUAUCAACUCCAUAUAAAACCUGCAUACUAUCUUAAACUUCCUCUAUUUUUCUCUCUCAACAAUCUUCUGUAUGUAUUUCUUGGAGUCAAGUCUCUAACUGACAGAUAUACUUUGGCUACCCUCAAUCAAUGCACUGUGUUGCAUAUCAUCAUCAUCAUCAUCACUGGUAUUCUCUCCCAACCAGAUAAGCUAAUUCAAAAAAAAGAACUCUUGUUGUUCUUCUUCUGUACAUCAUUAUAAUUUUCUCCCUAGGUUUCCCUAUUAUUUACUUUCUCAUGGCUUCAACCUUGAGUAAACAAGGCUCUGCAAGGCGACUAGCCGAGCUUCUUGACGAGCAGCAAGAGCCUUUUGUGCUAGAAAUGUACCUUCUUGAAAGAGGGUACCGUGUAAGAAAAAGCUUGGAAUUAGAAGGCAGCAAAAUAAUUGGGUGUUGCUCUAAUAGUAAUCAUAAUCAUAAGAACAAGUCAAACAAGUACUUGCAGAAGACUUGGAGUUUUCAUCUUGGAAUGAAUCCCUUACCAAAGAGAAGUUCUGAACAACUUUCAAACAUGGCUAGAGGUUUGCUUAACAAACUCGUUUCGAGGAAGGGAAGGAGGAGGGGGAAAGAGAAAGAUAAAGAAGGUGUUAAAGCAGGUAGAUGCUCCUCUGUUAGUUGCUCGACGACACUGUCGAAUAAUACUUGGUCCGAGAGUGAUACAGAUGUAGAGAUGAUCAGCAUGACAUCCCCUGCUAAAAGUGAGACUACCCAUUAUGAUCAGUCAGCUUCAGAUAGAGUAAGGACUCAAUGGAGAUUUGUUGAAGAAAACAAGCAAUGCAGCCCAGUUUCUGUCCUUGAUGAAAUUGAUCUUCUUCAGGCAAUACCCAUCUAUAAUGUGAAACACCCUUCUGAAGACACAGCUACAGAAUCAAGAAUAAGAUUUCAGAAAAAAGUGUCAGAGAAUGCAAUUCUGUCAGCCUCAUUAUGGGGAUUGCUCGUGCAGUUUAGGAGUGGAAAACUGAAGCAGAAACCAGGGAGAAAACCGUUUCCUGAGUACAUGAAUUCAAAGAAAGCAUUGCAGCAGAAUCGCCAACUGAUGUUCGACUGUGUAAGAGAUGCAGUCGAAAAUGGGAACAGACAGAAGAGCAGCAGCAACAGCAACUGUGAAAAGGGUCUGAAAAUGGGCACUGAAGAAAUUGGGAAGAUCAUCUGUAAAAACUUAAAAACAUGGGGGAAAUUGUCAACUAAUGAAACAAAUAUCAAACAAGUGCUUAAAAUGGACUUAUUUGCAGCUGAUGAAUGGGGUGGUUUUGAAGUAUGGAGAAGAGAUAUUGCUGCUGAGGUUGGGAAUUAUAUCAUUGAUGACAUUACAGAAGAGAUCAUCAAAGACAUGAUUGAUCAGUAACCAAGAUAGGAGGCUAGAGCAGUUGGGAAGGCCGGUGGUCGAAUGAUCGAAUCUCGCCAAGCUCAUCUUGAGAAGGAUUUCAUAAACCUUAUUCCCCCUUCUGAGAGUCCUGGUUAAUCACUAAUUCAGUACUUGCAGAAAGGCUAAUACAGUUUGAUGAGAAUACACUUAUUGUUAACAAGACUUUCAAAAUUUCUCAAGGCAUAUGAAAUUCGAUUUUGAAACUUUUGUUCUGUUUUGAUUUGGUUGUAUACUUGUAUAAAAUUAUUAGUAUUUGACAGCACUUUAAAAAGGAUAGAAUUAUUUAAAUUUGGAAUGUUGAAAAAAGAAGAUUACUUUGUGGAUGUUGAUGCCAUUAACUCAACUACCAAUAAUUAAAGUGAUGCAGACGUAUUAGAUAUUGAGAACAUUCUUGUCGUUUGCUCAUUUACAUACUUCUAUAAAUAAUUUUGCAAAUUAAGAAUCACACGAACAAGAAGAUUGUGAUUUAUGCUACAGCAGAUGACAUUAGUGAGGCCAAAUUUGUAUCAGUUAGUUAGAAUUAAGGUCUCGUAUAGGUGGAUAUAAUGGACAUAGCUCAUGGAAGGAUCCAAAUGAAUACAUCACUAUGUUGGAGUUGCUGGUGACUAAUUACCUACUUCUAUAGCAGAAGCAAGAAAGACAUGUAUAUGUUGUUUAUGCCAAAUUUCGUCUCAGGAUAUCAUUUGGUUGGGACGUCAACAACAAGAUGUAAACCAAUGAAUAUGGUAAUGAGUAAUGAUGCAAUAUAAAUCUGACAAUAGUAAA